AAAAAAAUAUUCAGAUUAUAUUUUUCCUUCGAUUUUAUUAUAUUUGGAGACAGUUGCUGAUGAAAAUAACACAUGGAUAUUAAUAUUAUAUGUAGGAAUACAUUAGGAAGGAUUUGAGUUGGUAGAAGUAUACCAAUAAAACACUAGAUAUCCGUGAAGAAGACAACGGAAAUGGAGACCUCAUCCUGUUUACAAAUUUUGUUGUUUGGAAUGGGAAUCGCUGUUGUUGUCUCUUCAGAUCAUUCUUUUCAAGGGCUUGUGGACUCAAAACAAGAUGGCACCUUCCUGGAUCACUUCAACGACUAUAAAGUCACAAACACUCACAUCUAUGACAGGCGCUAUAAAAGAGACACUGCAACAAAUAAACAGGAGCCCCAUGCUGACAGCGUGAAGGUGGCACUGGCACUAAAUGGCCGCAAAAUAGUACUUUCACUGCAUCAAAAUAGAAUGCUGCUAGGUCAGAACUAUAUUGAAAAAUACUAUACAGACAAGGGGCCUGUGAUCCGAAAGAAAUCAAAUAAUACCAGCCAUUGCUUCUACCAUGGGGAGUUGGAGGGAGAAUCUAAGUCUGAUGUUGCAGUCAGUUUAUGUGCAGGUCUCAGGGGUUACAUGAGCAUAGGAGAGACAGUUUACUACCUCCAUCCAUCUUUAGACAAUCCCUCCUCUACUAUAGUCAUUCCUUCAGCAAAUUAUACUGGACCAGAUUUCAAAUGUGGAACAGAUGAUUCUCAUCAUUUCAACUCACAUCACCAUAGCAGCGGCCAUCAGAGGUUGAAAAGACGUGUGAGAGGUCCAUAUGAUACAAAUGACAAGACUAGGAUGAUUGAGAUGUACAUUGUGAAUGACUACAGACAGUAUGUUAGACAUGACAAGAAUGUGGAUGUUAUUCUUGAAAGAACGAAGGAGAUCAUCAACAUAGUUACAUCAAUGUACCGUCCACUGAACAUUUACGUUGGAAUAGUUGGGAUUGAGAUUUGGACUACUGGAGAUAAGAUAACGGUCACAGACAGUGCCGAUGACACCCUAAACAAUUUUGUGGAGUACAGGAAGACGGACAUCAAUCCAUUUCACCCUAACGAUAAUGCCCAGAUGUUAACAGGGAACCAAUUUACUGAUGGGGUGGUAGGAAAGGCCAUGAAGACAACUAUCUGUAGUUUCUCAAACUCUGCAGGUGUCAACAUGGAUAGUACAGACUUCAUCCAGCACACGGCUACCACAGUAGCCCAUGAACUUGGUCAUAACUUGGGAAUGGAGCAUGAUAUAGAGUCUUGUAAAUGCAAGGAAGAUCGCUGCAUCAUGUCUGCUACUAGCGGGAGGUUGAACCCUACUCUAUGGUCAGACUGUAGCGUUGAAUAUCUUGAAGAUACAUUUGCCCAGGGUCUGGACCUGUGCCUUACCAAUGUGCCUGAGAAACUCCUAGAUGGGGCAGUGUGUGGCAAUGGCUUCGUUGAACCUGGGGAAGAGUGUGACUGUGGAUUAAAGAAGGACUGUGACAAUCCAUGUUGUAAUGCAACCACAUGUCGCCUCCACAGCAAUGCCACAUGUGCAACUGGACCAUGUUGUAAUCUCAAAACUUGCCAGUUAAAACCAGCAGCAACCCUAUGUAGAAAGGCCAAGGGUCCAUGUGACCUUGCUGAACAUUGCUGGGGAAACUCAGAAUUUUGCCCAGAUGAUGUCUUCAAACAGGAUGGCUCUAAGUGCAAAGAUGAGGCAUAUUGUUACCAAGGCCAAUGCCAGACUAGAGAAGAUCAGUGCAAACUGCUAUGGGGGAACACAGGACGAGUGGCAAACUCAUUGUGUUACACUUACUAUAAUGUCAAAGGCUCACGCAAUGGGAACUGUGGGUUCAACUGGACCAGAUCCUUAUAUAAACCGUGCCUUCGCAAGGAUGUUUUUUGUGGUAUGCUCCAUUGUAAUCAUGAAAAUGAAAAACUAAUGUAUUGGAUGGAAUCGCUAUCUCAGCACAUGGCCAACAGUGAGCUUAGUGCUAAUGGGAAAGUUGUGGCCGUUUGCAAGGGUGCAGUUUUGGACACAGGGCUACAGUGGCCUGACCCUGGUAUGGUACCCACAGGGGCAAUGUGUGGAGACGAUCAGAUGUGCUACAAGCAACAAUGCAGGAACAUCUCAAGUCUGGGCUUCUCGUCAUGUCCAAAUGGUUGCCAUGGCAAUGGGGUGUGUAACAGCAAAGGAAAUUGUCACUGUAACAGAGGUUAUGCCCCACCUAACUGUAACACCCCAGGAAAUGGAGGUAGUGUGGAAAGUGGACCCAUAGAGCUAAUGCCAGCUAAUAAUGGACUUGUAGCAGGACUCCUAGUGUUUUUCCUGCUGAUUCUUCCACUACUUGCAAUCAUCGGUUUCUGCUCCUACAGACAUAGGAACAAACUAAAGACAAUCUGGACUGAGCAUUCCAAGACGAAAUACAUGCCAGCGAAGACUACAGAUAUACCGAUGAAGAAGCCUUCGAUUAAACAAGAUCCACCUAAACGAAAGCCCAUAGUGCGUAACCCAUCUAAAGUAGUAGAAAUCUCAAAGCCAAUCUUCGAAAGCAGUACAAAUAAAAACCCGGCAAAUACCUUACCCCAGGGAGUGUCUCCCCCAGAGGCUACAAAUGCCCACAAGCCUUCCAGACCAGCUCCCCUACGUCCUAAGGAUGGUCAGCCUUUCAUCUCUAACCCGGUUCCAACUCCAGAGACUAUACGUACAGUUAGUAGGCAGAAUAGUACGGACACAAAUAAGGUUCCUCCAAAAAGACCAGCCAGACCACCUAGUAUAGAUUCUGGAAAUUAUUAUGAGAACACAAAUGCUAAGAACACUAAUGGUAAUGUUAAAGCAGCUAAUGAGCUUGAGAAAAGUGCUAGUUUCACUGACCCCAAGCCACCACAAUUACCAAUGAAGCCUAAACGAACUGCUAGCUUUCAACAACCCAAGCCUACCAGGCCACCCCCCUCUGCACCUGCAGGAAAGACAGAACCUAACAUCGCUUCAAGACCAAAACCUAAUUGGACAAAAACACAACCAGAAAGCUCAAAUGAGCUUGAUAACUCUAACAACAGUGCACCAGACAAUGACACUAACGAGCCUAGGGCUUUAACUGUAUCUGAGCUAAAAAACAAAUUUAAUCAGGAUGGCGCUCUUGGUAACAGGACACCAGUUCAACGUAGUGUAACAGUUAAACCAGAUAUUAAACCCAAACCUAGGAUGCCCUCUGUAAACAGGAGUGAAUCAUUUGCAUAGUUUGUUGUGUUUAGCCCUUUGUAGCUUUUAGGAAGUGUUGUGGACUUCCACUCUUCCACUCGCAGUAUGUGUUUUGCCCAAUGCAAGCUAUAGUGUAUUUAUAAUAUGAACAUUUGACUAUAUAAUCAUGUACAAAAUAUUUAGUAUUAUUUUUAUCGUGUACGAUAUGUAAUUAUAUUUGUAAAUAUGUUAAAGUAUGCAUUAUAUAUCUUCAUUAUCUGUAUAUACUUCUAUUUUUAAACAUUUCUGUAGGGGCUGGGUGAUAAUAUGCAAUUAUUUUUUCGUGAAAUUAAAUUAACAGAGGUGUAGACCCCCUACCCAUGUUUGUUAAAAAUCCUAUUGAAUAUUGUUACAUUCUGACAUUCACAUAUUUAUAUACUAGUAUGUGUUUUCUAUUCUGAAACUCAGAUAAUUAUACCUUCUUACGUAGUCUCAGGCCACAUCUGCUUUGCAAAGAAUGUAACAUCCCUUGCAAAGAAUGUAACAUGCCUUGCAAAGAAUGUAACAU